AUCGAUUCGUUUCUGAAUCUGAAUCAGUGUUCCUUUCACUUCAACAAUGCGAAUCCUCGCUGUGCUUUCGAUCACAACCCUUCUCCUCUUCUCCUCCUUCUCUCUCAUUUUCUGCAACGACGUCGCCGACGAUGAAGAUCUCAGCUUCCUCGACGAACCCGACGACAUCUCCACCUCGCACCACCACGAACACUUCGACGAUGACGCUGAUUUCGGUGACUUCUCUGGCUACGACGACGCGGAGGCUUACAAAGAGCCAGAGGUGGACGAGAAGGACGUUGUCGUUUUGAAGGAGAAGAAUUUCACCGACGUGGUGAAGAACAAUCGGUUCGUGAUGGUGGAGUUCUACGCACCGUGGUGUGGUCACUGCCAGGCCUUGGCGCCUGAGUUUGCUUCCGCCGCCACCGAAUUGAAGGGUGAUAAUGUCAUUUUGGCGAAGGUUGAUGCCACGGAGGAGAAUGAUUUGGCACAGGAGUACGAUAUUCAGGGUUUCCCCACUCUCUUCUUCUUCAUUGAUGGCCUUCACAAGCCUUACAAUGGCCAAAGGACCAAAGAUGCUAUCGUGACCUGGAUUAAGAAGAAGAUAGGACCUGGUAUGUCCAACAUAACCACAUUGGAUGAUGCUCAACGGAUAUUGACCUCCGAAAGUAAAGUUGUUUUGGGCUUCCUCAACUCUUUAGUUGGUCCUGAGAGUGAGGAGCUUGCUGCUGCUUCAAGAGUUGAGGAUGAUGUCAAUUUUUAUCAAACUGUGAAUGGUGAUGUUGCAAAGCUUUUCCAUAUUGACCCAAAUGUUAAACGCCCGGCUUUGGUUCUGCUCAAGAAAGACGAGGAAAAACUGAACCAUUUUGAUGGUCAAUUUGUGAAGUCUGCAAUAGCAGACUUUGUAUUCUCCAACAAGCUUCCUUUGGUGACUAUUUUUACGAGAGAAAGUGCCCCAUCAGUCUUUGAAAAUACAAUCAAGAAACAGUUGUUGCUGUUUGCGACAUCAAAUGAUUCAGAGAAGCUCAUCCCCACAUAUCAAGAAGCAGCAAAAUUUUUCAAGGGGAAGUUGAUCUUUGUAUAUGUAGAAAUGGAUAAUGAAGAUGUUGGAAAGCCUGUUUCAGAUUACUUUGGUAUCACUGGGAGUUCUCCAAAAGUACUCGCAUACACUGGAAAUGAUGAUGGAAAAAAAUUUGUACUUGAUGGUGAAGUGACUGUCGACAAUAUCAAGACAUUUGGGGAAGAUUUCCUUGAAGACAAACUUAAACCUUUCUUCAAGUCAGAUCCGAUUCCUGAAAGUAAUGAUGGUGAUGUGAAAAUAGUUGUUGGGAAUAACUUUGAUGAAAUUGUCUUGGACGAGUCAAAGGAUGUUCUCCUUGAGAUUUAUGCUCCUUGGUGUGGCCAUUGCCAAGCACUGGAACCAGCAUAUAACAAGCUUGCAAAACAUCUUCGUGGUAUUGAGUCUCUUGUAAUAGCCAAGAUGGAUGGAACAACAAAUGAGCAUCCCAGAGCAAAGGCUGAUGGAUUCCCCACUAUUCUCUUCUUCCCAGCAGGAAACAAGAGUUUUGACCCCAUUACUGUUGACACAGAUCGUACAGUGGUAGCCUUUUAUAAGUUCCUCAAGAAAAAUGCAUCAAUACCAUUCAAGCUCCAGAAACCAACCUCAACUCCUAAACCCGAAAGCCCUGAUGCCAAGGGGAGCUCUGAUGUCAAGGAGAGCUCUGAUGACAAGGAGAGCAAGAGUAUCGGUAGCGAUGUGAAGGAUGAAUUAUGAGGAGUCAAGUAAUAUAUUGCUAUUUAUACCGAUCUGAUUCAGGCAGAUGAUGACAUAGUGAGUUAGGGAGAAAAAAACAUCUUUCUCCUCACCCUUGGCCAAUAAAAUUGGGGGUUGGAGAGGUGUGAAAGGCAACAUUUGUAUUACUAUUUGCUUCAGUUGUAACGACUGUUCGUAUUUUAGAAUUUUGGGUGAGAAUUUAAUAAUAGACCCCCCCCCCCCCCCCUCUAAAUUUUAGUUUAUCCCCCUGUAUGCUACAACUU